AUGUCAGCUCAGGAACCUCUUACUCACCCAACUCUCCCCCGCAUCAAGCUCGAGCUGAGCGAAGAUGCCUUAAAAGCCAUCAACGCACACCUCCUCGAGCUCGAUGUCGUCAAAAACACUCACCCCGUCCACUUCUCGCCCAUGUUCGCAAUCUAUGCCACCACCGUCCUGCUUGCAGCCAUAAUAACGGCGUGCCCGGAUCUCCUGGAUCAGAGAUACGCACGCGUGGAAGCGGCGAUGCAGGUGUUAUGCCAGAACUCGAGGCUGCAGGAGGAUCUGAGGGAGGCGAUUGAGAAGAAGGAUUUUACGAACGUAUUGAAUAUCGAAACCUACUCGAGCGAAUAG